CUGUCAAACGCUGAUUGCAAUAUUUUGUUUCAUCAAAUGGAAGUGCAAGACGUAUUUUUAUAAUUCCUUUAACGAUUGAACUGCGGAGAAAUGGCGGGCGCCGAUGUUAGUUUCACACCUUCAGAUUUAAUGCAUUAUGCAGAAUCUUUGAUACGGGAGUCAAGAUUGCAUGAAUCCAGAGCGAACCGGUCCAACUAUAGCUGGCUUAUGGCAAGGAAUGUCAAUCAAACACCUUUAGAAGAAUAUUUUAAAGAUCUGAAACCCACUUUACAUAAGAUGACUCCCGAGAGCUGCACCGCCAUUGCCGUCAAACUUGAUAACCUAUCUGAAUACGCCACCACUGACCAAAUAGUUGCUACGUUCAAGAAGCUUCUAGAAGAACAAUACACCAUACAGAUCAUGGGCGCCAACAUCAAAAGGGGGAAAGAAUUAAAAACUAGAAAAGUUAAUAAGGUUCAUCCAGUUUUAGGACAGGGGCGAGAAGCUACUGUAUCUUUUGUGUUGCAUGGUUAAUUAAUAAAGAAAUGUAUUAUGAAUUAUUUUAAUUACCCAUUUGUAUGUGUGAUUAAAAAACAUGUUAACAAUUGUAAA